UCUUCUAUAUGCGCCUGUGCUGUGCAUUAUUACCGACACUUUCGUCGUAUAGUGCUCUAUCAGGCUCCUAUAUAUACAGCGAACUGUGGGCGUGUUUUUAUAUACGGUUUAAUUGACUCAAGGAAGUGAUGCAUAUUUCUAUAGUUUUCUAAGGUUAACCGCUGCAAUAGCGAUGUUUAUAAGGCAUCUGUCAGUGUUGACAAAGUUGUUCUAAGCACUCGUUGUUAUGAUAUAUUGAAAACAGCAAUAAUAAUAUAAUCCAUCAAAGGUACUUUAAAUGAAGAAAAAAGCUUAUAGUAAGAAGUAGAACUCCAGUUAGUUUCCAUUUCUUUGAGAUGAUCGAGGCACCUGUGUGGAGCUCAAAAAGAGAUGACACCAUCUACAAAGCUGCUGGAGCUGCACAUCUCCGAAAAUAUGGCCAAUUUUUUGAAAAUCUGGCAGAAAAAUGUUGGCAGGAAUCCUCGUCAUUGGAGUAUGUCAUUGAAGGACCAAUAAGAUUGAUAUACAAAGUUUAUGAAGAUAUAAGCAUACUGUCGUUAGCUGAGACUGAAAAUAAAACUUUUUCUAAACUGUUGGCCAGUGUUGGCGGUACAUGUAGAGAGAUAAGACUAUUAAAAGCUGAAGCCAAUAAAUUUUAUGAAAAACUCUUCAGUCAUGGAGAACGUUGCGCUGAUCAGGAAGGCUACAAAAUGGAAAAUCUAUUAUCAGACUUGCAAGAUUUAUCCAUUUACACUAACAGAAUUUAUACUGUGGUUCAUUUGACAGUCAGACAAUUAUCGAGUCUAGCAAAUAGUUCUCACAGAGAGAUUUAUUUACCACUACUGAUUGAGCAUUUAAUGGACUUAUUUGUUAUUCUUGUUACGCUUGAUGAAUUGAUUAGCAAUCAAUCUGCAUUAGCAGAACAAUGGAAAGUUUACAGAGUCAAAGUCAGAUCUGUACUUCAUAAUGCAGCCCAAUUAAAUAUUCCAGAAGCAAGAAUAUUGACGUAUGAAAAACUUUUGAAAGAUUUGCAUGUUCAACUGCUGUCAAAGAAUUUGUUUUUAAAAGCAAUUGAACAUGUUAUGGAUGUCAAUAAAAGUACAACAAUGUGUGACCACAUGCUUUGUUUUCUGAAGAAUACAAUAACAGAUGUAGAAAGCAAAAUUAAUGAUAAUGCUGCAAUUAACAAAAAUUGGAUUCAAGUAAAUGUUGGAAUUGUUGUUCUCAUCAAACUUUUUGGAACUUGUGAUAAAAAAUUAUUGAAAAGAAUAGUAGAAGUCAACAAGAAGUUGUAUGCUGUUACCUUGGUUGGAAAUAUUGUUUGGCUACCAAAUGACUUCUUGGUAGAUUGUUUGCCAAGAGAAGGAAUAACUGCGAUUCCUACUCAAGUGGGUGAAAAGUUACUUACUGGAAGAAUCCAGAGACUGCCCUUAGUCGUAAGUAACUUGAUCCAAAGAGCCAUGAUGUGGGGUAUUGAAAUGCAGACUCUUUUGAUAAAAACAGGCUUACAAAUAUUCUCGGAAAUUGAAAGGAAGAGAAACUUACUCAUAGAAAUUCUGCUUCUGAUGCGCCAGAUCAGAGAGAAUGUUUCAUUUGUAACAAAUCUUCAUGCUUUUCUCUUAAAACCAAUGAGCAGAAGUACAGUCCAACUGAUUUGCAGGCUGAUCGAAGUACAAAAGUCUUUGGAAACAACAUUUUACACUCUGGCAUCAACCGUGGUACUGUCUCAAAGUCAAGUUCUACAGCAGUUGACUUAUCAGAUAUUAACUAUCCUAGAGACAGUGCGCAAAAGUUUGACACAGAAGGAUAAGAGCUACAGUAGGGAACGAUUAGAUGCACUGUCGCUCAUUGGCUCCAGUAUGAGACUGAUAAAUGGACCAGCAACUGCAGAUCGUCGCUUGAUUCUUCGUUGCGCUCUUGUAUGUGCCAGCCAGCUUACCGAGAGUUUCAAGGAGGAAGAAGUCGUUAAGCUACGAUAUUACUUGGACACCUAUGACACCAUAGUAGAACUCUAUGAUCUCGUUCUAGAGACUUGUGAUUACUCUGUACUUUUACACCAUCAAAGUAUGCUUCCUGCUUAUCUGUCUCUAGUAGCGGAUAGUAAUUCCAACAUAAGCCAUAUUGCACAUCUGUUCAACGCCUUCAACAGCGCAAUUUGCAAGCAAGAGCCAUCUGAGCUAACGGAAUUUAAAAUUUCAGAGCAGAAAAAAAUCCUCAUCAGAAAUGUGCUCGAGCCAGUAUGUCGAGAAAUAGAGACGAGUCUUCGGCUUCACGUCCACGCCCAUUUGAAAUUGGAUUCCACCAACCCAUUUAAAAUCGGAGCAAAGGAUGGCAACAGAAUCGUAAGGUCAUGUCCUCUACCUCUGGACGGCAUGAUGUUAUGUGCGAAGCGUUACAUCGAACACUAUCUCGACUACACGUUUUACAAUCUGACGACAGUGGCAUUGCACGAUUGGAAAACGUACAGAACGAUGCAUGCCUUGGCGCAUCACAAGUUGGCUCUUGACACGGUGCAGAACCAUCUGCCAACGCAGACCCUGGAGCAAGGCCUGGACGCCCUGGAGAUCAUGAGGAACAUUCAUGUAUUCGUCUCGAGAUACCUCUACAAUCUGCAUACCCAGACAUUCAUAGAGCACACGAGUGCCAACAAGCAUUUGAAUACGAUUGGGAUAAGGCACAUAGCCAAUUCCAUUCGCACUCACGGCACAGGAAUCAUGAGUACAACCGUGAACUUUGUGUAUCAAUUUCUUCAGGUAAAGCUUCACACGUUCUCUCAGUUUCUCUUCGACGAGCACAUCAAGUCGCGCCUUAUGCGAGACGUGAAAUUCAUCAGGGCCCAAAGAGAGAAAGGAGCUGCCCCUUAUACAUACGAGCGAGCCGAGAAGUUCCAGAAGGAAAUUCGAAAGCUGGGCAUGACUCCCGACGGUCUCAGUCAUCUGGACCAAUUUCGUCAGCUGAUCACGCAGAUAGGCAACGCAUUGGGUUACGUCAGGUUGAUACGUUCCGGUGGUCUUCACGCUUCCUCAAACGCUAUAUCCUUUCUGCCUGACAUCAACUCGUCCAGUACCUUCGACACUAUGUGCAAAGACUUGAAUUUCUCGGCGACCACUCAGGAAGCCGCUAAACGUUUGGAAGACGAUAUCGCUGAUCUGGUGCGAAACUUCACCGAGGGUAUACACUACUUCAAACUCCUGGUGGACGUCUUCGCGCCGGCUUUUAGGGAUGGCAGCAAGUGCCAUCAUCUGCAGCAGUUUUACGCUAUUGUGCCACCUCUGACUCUCAGCUUCGUCGACAAUGCGGUAUCGAACAAGGAAAAGCUAUUCAAGAAGAACAAAACUGGGGCUGCCUUCACGGACGACGGAUUCGCCGUGGGAGUUGCUUACAUCAACGCUCUGUUGGAUCAGAGCAAUGAAUUGGAUGCUCUGCAAUGGUUCAAGACGGUUAAUCAGUAUUUCGCUUCUGAAAAGUCGACCGCCGAAGGGAAGGCCGAACACGAGGACGAGAAGCUGCAGCAGACGAGAGCUUUAACUUUAAAACGUCUUGAAGAGAGAAGUUCCGAAUUUCAACUGUUGUUCUACAGUUUAUCAGGGGCCCGAGUGUUUUUCAAGCAGCCAGAUGUGCAAUAAUACUUAGUUGGCAAAUAGAUUUUUGUUUACAUAUAUGUAUUAUAACUCGUUUUAAAAUUUUUAAUGUUGAUUUUGUUAAUUAAUCGUAUACGCGUAUUUUUAUUAACGAACCGUAUGCUGCGGUUACCUUAUGAAUUGUAAAUUUUAUACAUUAUAUA